UCUGACGCUGGUUUCCAAGACAAGAGGAGAGAUUUAGAAAUGGGUGAUUCACGGGAUAGAAGAGAGAGGGACACAGCGAGGAAAAGAGAAAAGCCAAGGCCUAACAUGGGAGAGAGGAUGCCUUCUCCGCACAAGAGAAGAGACAGAGAGAUCUACUCUGAUAAGAAGGAAAGAGAAAAGGCACACAGGAGAGAGGGAAGGAGGGACACUAAGAGUGAAGGAGACAGUGAUGAGAGAGAGCUGAGGAAGGAAAGAGAGAGGGACAGAGAGAGGGAAGAGUUGAUAUAUCAACACAGCAAAAGUGAGGGGGACAACAAGGGUAAAACAUUGAGGGAGAAAGAUCGAGAUAGGCCAGUAUACAGGGAGGAGGAUAGGCAGAGACACAGAGACAGAGAAACAGAUAGAGCCAGGCAGAGAAGUGGAGACAGAAGGAGGGGAGUAGAGAAUGAUACAAGGCACAGAGACAUUUACAGGAGAGCAGCACCAGCAGCAGCAGCAAGGGGGUCAGACAGGGAAGGGGACCGAUGGAAAGAAAGUGUGAGGGGCUUGAAAGAUGACAGAGGACGGUCAGGUGACACAAGAGAGAAUGAGCGAUACAGAGAAUAUGAGCAGAGGAGAGGCAGGGAAAGAGAGGCGGACCCUAGGUGGGAUGAUAAAACAGACAGAAGCAGCCGAUCACUGAAUGAGGUGCCCCCCAGGGUGCCACCAAGAGCCCAGAGCAGUGGAGAGUGGAGCAGUGACAUGGACAGUGAGACGAGAUAUAGAAGAGGCUAUGAAGAGAGGGAAUCAGGGCGAGAGAGCACUACUGAAAAAGAAAGAGAUAAAGAAGGAAAGAGAAGUCCAGAGAGACCUGCUGAAAGACCACGUAGGGAGAAAAAAAGAAGUGAGAGAACAGAGAGCGAGAGGGGGGCUAUGACAAGUGGUGUGCCAGAGCGUAGGAGGAUGUGGUUAGAGCCACAGAGGAGCAAGAAUAGUAAAGACUCGUCUCUAGAGGAAGAAUUUGUAGACAAAGAGAGACACACAAAGCAGAAAGAGGCAAGGAGAGAAGAAGAGAGGAGUAUGGAGUCACAGGCAGAGUGGAGAAGAGUGAAAGAUGAAUCAGAUGAGAGGUACUCAGGACAUAAUGAGAGUAGGGCUCAUGAUGGGACGAAUGAGUACAGGGAGCAAAGGGAAGACAUAGCAGGGGAGGCAGAGGGUGUAAGUGUAGAUGGAGAGGAGGUGGGUGAGGACUGGAGAGCGAUAGAUAAGGGUGGAAAGGAACAUCUGUCUGACAGCGACGGAGGGAUAGAGGGAAGCCGGUGGAGGGAUACAGAGGGAGAGAACGUGACAGAUAACACAGAGGCGAGUGACAGAGAGGAAGAGGGUGGUAGCGAUUACUGGCCUCGCUCCGAAAGUGAAGGAGGAAGUGAGACAGGAUGGAUACAAGAGAGAGACAGAAUGCUGUCAGCGGAGGACGGCUUUGUGACCGUGUCCAGCGGCGGAGAUGAGGAGGAUGAGAGAGAGGAAGAUGAAGAGGACUUUGAGGACUGUCAGGAAUUCUGGGAAGGUGGAGUUGCUCGUGAUGCUCCUUCACCUGUUGGCUCCAAGGGGCGUAAGGAAGGCGACGAGUUGACGAUGGGAAAGGAGGAAACAGUUGAUGAGGAACAACAGGGGAGGGAAAAGCAGUGUACGAAGUACGUCUUUUGUGUGAUUGGCCAAACGUUGCCCCGACCAAAAACUGACGAGACAUCACCAUCACAAACUGAUCAGAUUAGGGGAGUGGAAAAAGAAAACCCAGAUUUGGAGAGUCGUCAUGAUGUUAGUGAUGACAUCACACACAAACGUCAAGAUGACCUGCACCUGACACUGAGUGGAAAUGACAACGAGAACACAGAGGCUGAGAGUGAGAUGGACAGAUAUAAUGUACCAAGGGAGAAGAAGCCCAACCUUGGAGAAACAUCUGAAGUGGACACCAGAGUGUCUUCAGACCUUCAAGACACAGAGACCGGAGACAGUAUGAAAAAGGAGCACCCUUAUGAUGAAAUAAGUCGGAUUAAAAGAGACUCACAGACUGAGAAACUCCUCAUAGAGUGGAGAGAGAAAAAUAAAGAACUAACAGAAGGAGAGAGAGGGAAACUCUCACCAGUCCCAAGUAAUCCCUACCCUGACAUUCAUUCUCAGAUGCAUUUUGAGCAACUUCAAUCCACUUUAGAUGGGAUUAAUAUUGAAGCAAUGAGUCCUGAAGAGAAGGAGGCUAUUCGCAUCCGAAUGAGUGGGGCAUGGAGCAUGACGGAGGAGCCCAAGCGGCAUUCCCAAGCCCCCCACCUUAAAUGGGCCAAAAACGUGGUGCGGGAGAUCCUGGGGCACUCAGGGGAAAAUAUUGUGGAUGACCCCAACUCACAGGCGCAAGGAGAAGCAGCGGUGAACGAGUCUGAGACAGUGAUCGAGAGCGACAAACAGCAGCAGCAGCAGCAGGAGGAGGAGGAGGAGGUUGCACAAGGUACCGUGGAGAUGCCUGUUAAUAAGUUGAAAGUGGACGAAGAGCACUCAGAGCCAGAGCUGGAGGAGGAGGAACCGUUGGAGGUGGUGGGACUGAGAGACGAGGAAGAUCGGAGCAAAAGCUGGGGAGAAGUGGAGCUGAGGAAUGUUUUGGACACAAUUGGAAGACGGAAAAGGAACUCAAAGUUUUUCAAUGCAGCCCAGCUCUACCAGCAGUACAGUGAAGCAGCCCAGAACUUUGAGAUCUUGCGGCAGUCUCGCUCAGAUGUCGUGUCUGUGUGUGAGGAUACAACCCCAUCUCCUGCUCCAUCACCACCCCCUGCUCGCAGACCUCUUCCUCCCCUUCCCACUGUCCCGCACCCCGCCUCUUUGUCCCACACAGGCUCCAUCACCAGUGUCAAAAGUUUACCUCUGCCUGAGCCUCCCAAGAAUGAAAGAAGGUCUUCCUCCCCACGUCUGUCCAUCUCUCUCACGCAGUCGUCCACACUGUGGCGGGAACUGCCUGCAGUCAGGAACAGCGCUGAGCUGGAGGAACUCACAGAGGACGAGAGGCGCCUACAGGAGGUGAGAUUUGAAGUACUGACCUCAGAGGCCUCCUACUGCCGGAGUUUAGACAUUGUUGUAGAGCACUUUGUCAAGUCCAAACAGCUUGGGGCACUAUUGACCACUCAGGAUAGGAAUUGGCUGUUUUCCCGGCUUGCUGACGUUCGUGCUAUCAGCCACAGUUUUUUGUCAAAGUUGGAGGAGCGUUUGGAGUCUGACAUAAUACACUUUACAGUGUGUGAGAUCAUCGCUCGACACUGUCAGCGCUUCAAGAUGGUUUAUGUGCCCUACCUCACCAACCAGUCAUAUCAGGAUGCAACCUACCAGAGACUCAUGAAUGAGAAUCAAGGGUUCAGGCGGAUUGUUGAGAAAUUAGAGAGGAGUCCUGUUUGUCAGAGACUUCCUCUUCGUUCCUUCCUCGUCCUCCCCUUCCAAAGGAUCACUAGAAUUAAGCUCCUGGUCCAGAACAUUGUGAAGAGAACAACUCCUGGUACUGCAGAGGCGACGCAGGCUAUCAAAGCCUUGAAACUUCUGGAGAAGCUGAUUCAAGAGAGUAAUGACAGCAUCACCCAAAUGAAAAGCAUUGAGUCACUGGUCUCUCUUAGUGCUAAGGUGGACUUUGAGUGCAGGACUCUUCCUCUGAUCAGUCAGUCUCGGAGGAUGGUGCGGGAGGGACCGGUCACUGAACUGAUGGACUUCUCUCUAAAGGAUACAGAGAGGAAUGUUUACUUGCACCUAUUCAAUGACUACUUGCUACUGUCACUACAAAAAGAAGGGGGGAGAUUCACAGUAAUAGACCACUCUCCUGUAUCAGACCUGCGUGUAGAGAACUGCCGUGUCAAACUUCACUCUCUACAGAAGAACCUGUUCCGGCUGCACAUGUCACAGAAAUCCCUGCUGCUAAGGACUGAAACACUGAGUGAUAAGCUGCGGUGGAUAUCAGCUAUUUCCCGGCCGCAUCCUGAAAUAGAUUUUUCUGCAGCACAAGACUUCGAACAGAUGCAGUGUAUCAGAGCGUUUGUUGCCCAGCAGCCUGAUGAACUGUCUUUGGAAAAAGCUGAUAUCAUACUUGUUCACCAACAAAGCAGUGACCGUUGGGUAGAGGGGACCAGACUGUCUGACCGGCAUCGUGGAUGGGUGCCUGAGACGCAUUUGGAAACGAUAAGCAACUCUAGAGUUCGACAACGCAAUCUGUCAGAUGCCCUCAAACUUACAACGGCCACAGCUACAGUUUGAGUGGCAACUAAGCAGAGAGACGUCCUGAAUGUACAGAAAGGACAAGACACUCAAGUGUCUGCUUUGAUCUUCAAACUGGAGAGGUUGCAGAGCUCCAAAUGAGGAUUUAUGUCUUUUAAAUUGUCCACAAGAGUGCAGCAAUUGACGUGCUAUAAGAAUGAAUCUCAGUUCUCAGUUGUUUCUCUUGGUGGAGCAUUAUAUUGCUCUAGUGCAAUGCAUAACUUGUUGAGGCCUGCCUGGAAGACCUCAAGGACCUUGUGACUCUAUUAAUUAUCUACUUUACUAACAUUAUAAUACAUCAAUGAACUGGUGUUUUUAGAAAUAUAUGUUUUUAAAAAGAAAUCACCUUUUCCAAGAAAUGUUAUUUUUGGAAAAUGUAUUAUUUGUGUAUAAUGAAAAGAAUCUUAUGGUUGAGUUUAUGGUGCAUGUUGAAAAGUGGGCCCCUGCAUGCAGGUGACCUGACAGAAAGCAUGCAAAAUGUUUCUCAAAGAAAAAUCCAUGUACAGAGCUUCAAAGGUGACACAGUUAAUACAUUUCAAUAAAUUCAGAUUAAAAAAAACACUGUGCAUAUGUUAUUGGCAGU